UGCCGGGUAAAUUUGAAAUGUAACCGAACUGCUUGAAGGAGGAAACAAACAGUUUUCUCUUCGGUCGCCUAACUUGAACGGGCAGGGGGAUUAUACGCAUUAAUUUCACAACUUUUUUGUGGAGCCGAAAUAUUCGGCAUCGGAGGACACGAACAGAGUCAUGGACACCGCGACGUUUAACGUGCAAGGCCUGUUUGAUAACAUGCGGGCGCACGUUGAGAUCCUGAGCGAAGGCAUCGAGCCGCAGUUUAUCCAAAUGGCGCUGAACUUUGAGGACUGCCGGCGGAAGUGGCAGAUGCUGGAGCAGGACCUGGGUGCUUGUAAGGAGGUUCUGGCCAAGGCGGAAACGGAGAGGGGCGCCUUGGAAGUCAAACUCAAGCACGCUCGCAACCAGGUGGAUGUGGAGAUCCGCCGGCGCCAGAGGGCAGAGGCUGACUGCGAGAAAUUGGACCGUCAGAUCCAGCUGAUCCGCGAGCUGCUGAUCGCUGAGAGCUCCAGCACAAGCAUCCAGCUCAACGAGGAGCAGCGCUCAGCGCUGGCCUUCCUCAACGCGCGCUCGCAGCCCGCCCAACUCAACACCAGCCGCAGGUUAACCACAAUAGAUGAGUCUGCCUCCAGUCUGUCAGACAUCAGCUACGACCAGACCAACGAGUCUCUGGACUGGGACUCGUCUGUGGUGAGGACUGUGCGGCUGAAGAAGAGGCAGAAAAGACGCUCCUCCCGAAAUCACACUGAUGGGCCCCCCUGUGCCGGCAAGAGGUCCCGUUCUGCGGGCCGCCCUUCGGAUAAGCUGAACGAGUCCAUUGUGGCCAAAACCACAGUGACGGUGCCUGGCGACGGCGGCCCCAUCGAGGCUGUGGCCACCAUAGAGGCAGUGCCCUACUGGACCCGCAGCAGGAGGAAGACUGCAGUGACUCAGGGAUGGGACUCAGAGUGUGGCCAUGUGGAGAACACACCGAAGCAGCCCGGGAAGCAGGAGAGGAACCCAGCCCAGCCCAGCACCCCGCAGGGCAACGGAGGGGUCCGCCUGCACGAGUUCAUCUCCAAAACGGUCAUCAAGCCCGAAUCCUGUGUGCCGUGUGGGAAGAGGAUCAAGUUCGGGAAACUGUCUCUGAAAUGCCGCGACUGCCGCGUGGUCUCGCACCCGGAGUGCCGGGACCGCUGCCCCCUGCCCUGCAUACCCACGCUCGCCGGCACCCCCGUCAGGAUCGGAGAGGGCACCCUGGCAGACUACGUCCCUGCCACAGCUCCCAUGAUUCCCUCUCUGGUUGUCCACUGUGUCAACGAGAUUGAGCACCGAGGGCUGCACGAGGCUGGUUUGUACCGGGUGUCGGGCAUGGACCGCACGGUGAAGGAGCUGAAGGAGAAGUUCCUACGGGGGAAGACGGUCCCUCUCCUCAGUAAGGUGGAGGACAUCCACGCCAUCUGCGGCCUCCUCAAGGACUUCCUGCGGAACCUCAAAGAGCCGCUGCUCACCUUCCGCCUCAACCGCAACUUCAUGGAGGCUGCAGAAAUUCAAGAUGAUGACAAUAGCAUCGCAAUGGUGUACCAAACCAUCAGUGAUCUGCCCCUAGCCAACAGAGACACACUGGCCUUCCUCAUCAUUCAUCUGCAGAGGGUUGCUCGGAGUACGGACACCAAGAUGGACGGGUCGAACCUGGCUCGAGUGUUCGGGCCCACGCUGGUGGGUCAUGCGGUGCCUGACCCGGACCCCCGCACCAUCCUGCAGGACACCAAACGGCAGCCUAAGGUGAUUGAGCGUCUCUUGGGCCUUCCUGUCGAGUACUGGAGCCAAUUCAUGAUGGUAGAACCUGACCAGGCCCCAGGUCACAUGAUCAUCGAGAACACCAACUGCUACGCCACUCCGGAACAUAAAGUGAGCAUGCUGGGGCCCCUGACCACUCCUGAGCACCAGCUGACCAAGACCCCAUCCUCCAGCUCUUUGUCCCAGCGCAUGAAGUCCACCUUCGGCAGGAACACUCCCAUAUUCGGAUGCAAGACCAAGUCUACGAGUAGCUUUGGCCAGCAGUCCGGCUUCUUCUCUCCGAUCGUGUAGUGGCCCAGUGCAUCCUGGGAAUCUACUCUGUUUCCGGCUUCGAAGUCUUGCAAUAUUUUAUACCCAUUUUUAUUUUCUACAUUUUACCAAAUUCUACUUAUUCCAGGUCGUUUAGGCCUUUACUAAAACACUUUGUAUCCCGUAACAUGACUACAUUUUUAACGUCUUUUAAAUGUUCAAGUAUGUAUUUAUAAUCAAAUGGAGGACUGAGAUUGUAUGGCUCUUCCACCAGUGUUUUUAUGCUGUUUUUGUCUUCCCAGAGCUCUGAUUUACCUCUGUAUCCCGUAUUUAGAAGCUCUGCUUGUAAAACCGGAUUAUGGUUGAAAUCCCUUGGUGCCCAAUCAUAUGCCCUGGGUGACAGUGCUGGGUUUCAUUCCAGCCAUUCGCUACGCUUGCUAAUGUCACUUUACACACCUUCAACAAGAGAGGAGGGACCUAAUUGGUGAAAUCCCAAUUGGUUGGGAUGAAUACCUGCAUACUCCGUGCCCUCCAUGGCACAUGAUUUGGCACCGCUGGUUUAAUUUGACCCAUAAUGGCUAUGACGUGCGUUAUGGCACUCUGCCCUGUUUUGGGUCAUUUUUACCUGUUUUUACUCUCUCUAAUCAGGCUGAGCUGGAUGAUCUGUGUCCCUCAGCUCAGCAAUCGCGUGUAAAAAUGUAUUUGUGUGAUUCAUAAACCAGCAGUGUAUAAAGGGGGCUGGCAACAGUGGCACAGUGUGGUAGAAAAAUGAAGAAAAGACCGAUUUACCUUCAGGUAAAUAUAAAUACAGCCACACCUGCCUUGCAGCUUUCAUUAGCGAUUUUGUGAAUUGGUGAUCAUACUGAUUAAUUUACGAAUAUUCAGAGUAGGGAGAGAAAAAAAAAACAAGAAAAAAAAAAAGUUGCUCUUUAUAUUUGAACCCAAUUGAGUUUUGUAUGUGGCGUCACUCAGUGUAACGGUAAAAGCUUAUGGUCACCUUUUAGGCACAGAAUUUUGUAAUGUUGGAAUUCCUAAAGGGUUUCCUUAAGAGCAAAUUACAGUAAAUUAGGUUUGGCAGGGAAGAGUGGCAGGUGUUAAAACUACACCUAAGAAGUUUGCUACAUGCCUUUUCAGUUUGAUAUUACAGGUCCAGUAUCUCAUCACUAUUUGAGUACAGUCAGCAUGUCCCUCUUCUUCAGUGGGAAAGUAGUUGUAGGGACUCGUAACAAACUUGUUUGAACUUUCUGGUACGUAUUCUUAAUAUCAGAACCUGUCUGCCGAGCGAGUUAUAAGUACUUUUCUAAUGUGUCCGGUGUGCAAUAUGACAGGAUUGAGCUCCAUGCAGCUAGUUUCCAAAGUACCGCAUCACUACCCUUUGUCCAGGUCUCGAGUUCAACUGGCUCUGUCCCAGGGGGUCACGACGAUGACCUUUCAUUGCUAGAGGUCGAGGUUCGGGCGAGGAACUGCGGUGUGUUUGCAUAUUUGUGUUCCCUGAACCGCUGGCUCUAGUUUCACAAUGGCCAUUGUCUCCCUCGCAAAUCAAAGGUGGGCUUGCACUCCAGGUGGCCUUGAGCCAUUGUGUCUGAGGGCUAAUGUGUCGGGAAGCUAAAGGCACUCACUCCUCCAGCCCUUUAUUAGUGCUUCAUGGGACCUGGGCUAUGUGCUGUUCUGCGCUCAGAUUUAGAACCAGGCUGCACUAUCCAUGAGCGCCCAAGGUGAGAUAAAGCAUCCGCUUGCUCUGCCCAGAGGACUCUGCAUGGGAACGGCAUGCUGGUAAUGGGAACAGGUUGUGCUGUUUUUGGACUGCAUUCCUAGAAGCAAUGUGGGUUUGAGUGUGAAUAUAUAAUGUGUGGUUGGACAUGCUGUCCCGUUUCCCUCAAAUACAGUAAACAUUUGUAACAAUCAAA